GAAUGUACCGGUAGCCAUUCAAUCGGUUGGCUGCUACCAUCACGAACGGUGAUACUGUUUUAUUAGAAUCGUUUGUUGAAGACACUCUCGAUCUACGAUGGAGCGUUGGAAUGGGCGUGUUGCCAUUGUGACGGGUGCUAGUUCCGGUAUCGGUGCAGCGAUCGCAAAGGAUCUAGCAAAGGCUGGUAUGGUGACCAUCGGUUUGGCGCGGCGUGUUGAACGUGUUGAGCAAUUGCGAAAGGAAAUACCAGAAGCGGCGGCCAAGAGGCUACAUCCGAUCAAGUGUGAUAUUUCGAAUGAAGCGGAUAUCGAUGCCGUCUUCAAGCAAGUUGAAGAACGGUUUGGUGGAUGUGAUGUGUUGGUUAACAAUGCUGGAAUAGCGAAGAAAACUGAUUUGCUGGAGGUUGGUAACUCGGCCGAAAUUAAGGCAGUGCUAGACACCAACGUGACCGGACUGGUCCUCUGCAGCCAGCGGGCGUACCAAUCGAUGGUAAAGCGAUCGGUUGAUGGGCAUAUCAUUCACAUUAGCAGUGUCGCUGGGCAUAUCGUCCCGAAUUUUCCUAAACUCAAUAUCUAUGCUGGCACGAAGCACGCCGUCAAGGCCAUCACGGAAACGAUGCGCCAAGAGAUGCGUGACGCUGGCAAGAAGAUCAAAGUGACGAGCAUUAGCCCGGGAGGAGUGAAAACGGAAAUUGUAGACAUGGCCGACAUACCCCUGAACAUGCCGUUCCUCGACUCGGAGGACAUUUCCGAAGCCGUACUAUAUGUUUUAGGAACACCGCCGCACGUCCAGGUGCACGAACUUAUCAUCAAACCGAUCGGAGAGAUGUUUUAGAAGUUAUAGAUGUUUUGGUUAGUUUUUCAGUGAAUUGUAAAACUGUUUUUAAUGCUAAUCUAAAUCGUUGAAUAACACUACAAAACAUGAUGUAGAAAUCGUAUUUGUAAAUGAACAAAAUAAAUGUGUCAUUGUAUGCUGCAUAUUGCAUAUAAGGGCUGCCCAAAAUAAUAAGAUCAA